AUGAUACCAGUUCCACCAGCCCCACCAAGAAAAAUUACGCGAUCACACGAGGGUGUACAGCUCAAACAAAAGCAAGACUUUGAGAGGCAAGGCAUUGGAUCAGGUGGAAAGAUUGUGGUUAUCCAUCGAUUAUGUCAAUUCGCGUACGAGCUCCUCAAAUACGCGCUCUCCCUCCACGCUACGAAACUCGUGGUUUUCUUUGACAAUUCAACGACCGACGAACGUAAGCUAUCCGAAAAUAUCAUUGCCAUCAACACCGUCUUCAUCUGCAAAAUGCAAGGAAAAGAGCCGCGCAACAUUGAAGAAAAGAAAAAAGAAACGACUGCUGAAGGGAUAGGAUUGGUGAAAUUGAUCUAUAACACCGCCAUUGAAUACCUGCAGGAAAGACGUUUCCUGAUGAAUGAGAUCACUGAGAAUCACGGUAAUAAUAUUUACAAAUGUACAAUUGUAGCUUGA